ACUCGAUCACUGCAUCCGUUUAUGCACAUCGAUAAAAUCUCAAACCCGGAUGAGGAAUUAGUCCAUAACCAGUUAUGAUCUAUUCCUUUUCUCAAUACAACACUAUCAGAUUUUCGAUUGGUUAUUAUGGUAAUUUCAAGCGAUCACUGACUUCAAAGGAGCAAAAGAACAGGUGAAAAUACAUUCUUGGCUUCCAGUCUCUGUUAGAGCUGUAAUGUACUUUUCGACGGUGGUCUGCAGAAAACGUUUUACUUGCUUAUAAUUUAUAUUUAACCACGUUCGCUUUGUCGGGGAUUUUAUGAGUUCCUUGUCUUGGCAAGAUUUUAAGACCACUUCCUGACGCUUCCUCGACUUGACAAUGAAGCCCGUCGGGCUCCUUACGGUUGUUUUUGCAGUAAUUCAAGGUGCGGCAUCCCAGAGGGUAAAGGUGGACAGGGAGGUGCAGGCCAAUCUUGGUGACGCUUUCCAAUUGCGCUGCAAGUUUGAGGUGGUGCAAGGCAUAAUCCCGAAUCAGGUUACCUGGGUUAGGGAGUCUUCGGUAGGGAGAGAGAACAUCGCUGUCUUUCAUUCUACACAUGGGCUGAAUUACCCCAACACAGCCCUCAAAGGAAGAGUCAGCUUUAUUUCCCCUUCCAUGGAAAAUCCUUCCAUCCAAGUGUCUGAUGCCAAGACGAGCGACUCGGGCACGUAUACCUGUGAAUAUGCCACCUAUUCCAGCGGGACCGAGCAAGCCUCCUCCACAGUCUUUAUCUUGGCCAAGCCCCAGAACAAUGCCACCACGCUGCCCGUGAUCGCCGGCAAAAACGCAGUGGUGGUGGCUCGCUGCGAGUCCGCCAAGGGCCAGCCAGCAGGACAGGUCUUCUGGGACACAACAGCUGCGGGCAACCACAGCAACACGACAAAACUGGAGAACGACAACACCGUGUCCGUGGUCAGCGAGUUCCGGCUCAUCCCCACAGCUGCGGAUAAUGGCAGAGACAUAACCUGUAUUAUCAAGCACCGCGCCCAAAGGACAGACGACAUCUAUAAAAUGAAGUUGGCUGUUCAGUACCCUCCCACGGUGUACAUUUCUGGGUAUGAUGGUCAGUGGUACGUGGGCCGCAGCAAUGUUCAGCUUACCUGCGUGGCCAAUGCAAACCCACCACCGACUAGCUUUGAGUGGACAGUUGCAUCCGGCCAGAUGCCAAAAACAGCCCAAAUUACUGGGAAUAAGCUCUCAGUGCCGAAGGUGGAUGCGAGCAUAAACACCACCUUUGCGUGUGAGGCGAAGAACCUGCUGGGAUCCGGACAGGACAGGGUCACCACGUUGGUGACAGCUGAACCUCCACCGGGCAGCAGUGCCACCAGCAGCAUCAUCCGCGCCAUCAUCGGCAUCCUUGUUUUGGCAGCUGUCAAUGCCACUGGGCUGCUGCUGUACUGCAGGAGGAGGAACAGGCUGUCGCUUUAACAUGAAAGUAUUCCUAAGUGGCCAAUGACUGUGUGUAUUUUUAUGUUUCUGUAAGGUACUGGGAGGCUCGUUACUUGCUGAUAAUAUAUGAAUUGCCAUUACAGCGAGUGGUGUAAUUCUAAUGCACAUCUUUAUUCCUCAUCAGUGCCUGUGGGAGCCCAUGAGGUGUCCUACGCAAGCUUUGUCCCCCCCCCCCGGGCCCCCUCAGUAGAUGGAGCCCUAAGCAAAUAUUUCCAUUAACCUAACUGCAUGACUUUGGAUUGCAGUAGCCAGUGGAAACCUGACCAGCAACGGGAGGGCAAGCAAACUGCUUAGGGUGGAAGUGGACUCAAACCCGCAGCCCUGGGGGGGGCCUCCUUAUUCAUUUAGCAUUUACUUUCUUAUUUGUGGGGGACUAUCAUGCUGGGGCUUAUCUUUGUAACAGUAACGCACACCAGAAAGUUCCCUCCGGGGCUAAAUAAUUAUAAAUGACUAAAUGACAUUAUCAUAGCUAGAGCGAGUAAUUCCUGUCUCUCACAGGUGCUGUGUCUCUGCAUCUAGUGCAUAUGAAAGUUUGGAAGCAGAACUGAACUCCACAUCCUCCCGGUGCAUUUAACUGACACAGAAUAUUUGUGAGCGCUGUCCCUCUUAAAGAUACAGAGAUUCUUUCAU